AUGCAUGAAAUAUUUCACUGCUUACAACAGGCUUAUCGGAAGUUUCAUUUAAAUAAUUUCUUACCGUUUAUUGUACUGAUCUCAUAUACACUGAUUGGCGCUGCUAUUUUUCGUAAGCUCGAAUUGGAACUUGAUUUACGUGAAAGGGAGCUGUUCCGUAGAAGCUAUAACUAUGCUUUUAAUCAGAUAACAAAACGAAUAUUAGAACUGCGAUGCGAUGAUGCUGUGAUUAGACACGACCAAUCUUUACAAGUGAGGUAUGCAGAGGAAGCAGUUAACUGGUUUCUUGAUUACACAAAUUUGACAGGUGUCAUCCGUGAACGCAACGCUAGUAGUCCAUGGUCAUGGUACGGUUCGAUGUUCUAUGCCGGACAGCUGUACACUACAAUCGGCUAUGGCUUACCGGUGGCAAAAACUCUUGCUGGCCAAAUAGCCAGCAUAUUUUACAUUAUGUUCGGCAUCCCAAUAUUUUUAAUUAUUCUCAAAGAUGUUGGUCGAUUAUUGUCGCGAAGUUUUCGUAAAUUUUAUAAACGGUCACGAAGUACCGGAAAGAAAUUUGUAGGAGGUGUGAGGAAGAUAAGCGUCUCCAUGAAGACAUUAUACAAUCGUACCUAUUUACCAUCUACAACGGGAAGUCUUCAUUCAUCAUCCGUAAAAGAAGUAAAUUUAGAUCCAGAAUACUCACGAAAAUGCAUUUUCGAUCCCGAUCGCCUUAGCAAUGCUUAUCCUCUGGAUUGCACGGUUGGCUUGGGCGAUAUUGUUCCAGGUAACAAGGAUAUGAUGCUCGGUUAUUUUCUAUUAAUCCUCAUUGGACUUGCCUUGCUAUCAAUGUGCAUUAAUCUUAUUCAAGUAGCUUUAGAAAAAAUUCUUGGACAACUUCUACAGGAGUAUAUCGAUGAAAUUGAACGGGUAGCAGCUAUUGCGAAGAAGGAAGUCGAUUACGAUUGCAAAAUUCCUCCUUUCGAAGUUGGGAUGGCCAGUGGUUUACUAACGGUUCCGUUGGAGAAACAACAUAAAGCAAUGCGGAGUUUGCCAAAACGAUUUAAAGAAUGGAUUGCGGAGCGUAUCGCAAACAAUAUGAUUGAAUCACAACUUGCUGAAAUGAAUUCUGAUAUCGAAUCUGAAUCCGAAAUGUGUAUCCCAUUUCAACACCAAUCACAAGAGCAACAACAACAGUUACAAGAAUGUAGAAUCAGUCCGGAAGUAAUGCAAUUUUCAAGACCGACACUCCGAAGAGGUGAUUUAAUCGAUUAUCUAUGGAAGCACAUCCCAGCUAUUCGCACUGUGCAAGCAUUGGAAAAAGCAAAAUUUUACACCCCAAAUGAUAACUUUCAAUCAAUGCUGUUCAGCAAAUUUGUGGGGAACUCGAAACUAGAGCAGUUCAUGGACCAAGUUUGUCAACCGAUACCUCAUACACAUCAUGCCACUACACAAACCGACAUCAGGCAUUCUGCAAAUAUUGCUACUUUUGAAGAGGACAUACAUUUUUCCCGUGGUUUACGAGAUUCAUCGUUGAUUCGAUCAGAUAUCAGCCACCAAUCGACUCAUUCACUUUCAAACGCUUUUGAUGUUGAAAGUGUAUUGUCGGAUGCCUUUUGCGAUAUUGAAUUCACGGAAGCAUGCGCUCUGCUCGCAACCAGCGAUGAUUCUACUAGUAUCUGUGCAUCGACUACUUCUAAUCAAAUAGCUCGGCCAACAUCCAGGAACCCAGUUAAUUCAGCCUCAGAGUGGAAGUCAAAAUGGAAGCAAAUACCGAGAAAUCUGAGGACAAAAUCCUAUCAUGAUACGACAUCUUCUUACUCUGGUGAAGGGUCAACGACAGCUUUAUUACCUCCUCUAUCAAAUAUACAACUUUCGCAGAAUAGGAUUGGUUCACUGCCAUCAUCAUUCCAACGUUCAUCGUUGCAAUCGAUUCCCUCACUGUUUUUACGAAAGCACGAUGAUGAAUUAUAGCGAGUAAAGUCCUCAAGCUUAAUGACGAUGACCGACUUUCGACCUUCUGAAUUUUUGACGGAAGCUGUGGUAAAGAUUGUUUUGGAAAGGUUGUAAAUAAGAAAUUGUAACAAAGGUGCACCAUUAAGGAAGAAAUUAAAAUAUAAGGGUGGGAAAAAGGAGGA